AUGAGUGGUGGCCAUGGCUUUAGAACAGUUGCGUACUUCGUCAACUGGGCUAUCUACGCUAGAAACCACACACCACAAGAUUUACCAUCCGACUCACUCACGCAUAUACUAUACUCCUUCGCCAAUGUAAAGCCUAACACAGGAGAAGUUUACCUGACCGAUGCCUGGGCCGAUACGGACAAACAUUGGCCAGAUGAUAGCUGGAACGAACCUGGAAACAAUGCCUAUGGCUGCGUCAAACAACUCUUCAAACUCAAACAGCGUAACCGCAACCUCAAAGUCUUGUUGAGUAUUGGAGGUUGGACAUACUCGUCAAACUUCGCCGCACCAGCAAGCACUCCUGCUGGGCGACAAAGAUUCGCUCAGUCGGCUGUCCAGAUUAUGGAAGACUUGGGGCUUGAUGGCAUUGACGUUGAUUGGGAAUAUCCACAAGACGACGCUCAGGCCCAGGAUCUUGUUCAGUUGCUGCACGAGGUGAGAUCUGAGUUGUUCAAGGCCGAACAGAGACGACGUUCAAGAGUACAUUUUCUGCUCACGGUGGCUUGUCCUGCUGGUCCACAGCAUUUCACCAAGAUGAGAAUUCGCGAGAUGGAUGGAUACCUUGACUUUUGGAACUUGAUGGCGUAUGACUAUGCUGGCAGCUGGGACAGUAUGGCUGGCCAUCAAAGUAAUUGGUAUCCAAGCAUAGAGGACCACGCGUCCACACCAUUCAGCACAGAUGCUGCGCUCAGGUACUAUACUGGUCAGGGUGUACACAACAACAAGAUCGUUAUUGGGAUGCCCUUGUACGGCCGUGCCUUUGCAUCAACCAGAGGUCCUGGUACGUCCUUCAAUGGUGUCGGACAAGGGAGCUGGGAGAAUGGAGUAUGGGACUACAAAGCUUUACCAAAGCCUGGUUCCCGUGUCUACAAUGACCCUAGCAUAGUCGCAAGUUGGUCAUACGACCCGGACACUCAGAUCAUGAUCAGCUACGACACACCAGAAAUUGUUCAUAAGAAAGCUGACCUUAUCAGGCAGUAUAAUCUCGGUGGUGGUAUGUGGUGGGAAAGCAGUGCAGACAAGCCGUUUGGCCAAGGGAGUUUGAUUGAGGCUUUCGUGCAUAUAUCUGGUGGACAUCGUUUACUCGAGCAACAACAGAACUGUCUGGAAUACCCAAACUCCAAAUACGACAAUAUUCGUGAUGGUAGGGUUUAG